CCGCCGCCGCGGCCGUCGUAAAGCAAGAUAAAGGUACUGCUCUGCGACAACGCACACAUACGCUACCAACACUGUCGCACGAGGCGGGGAGCACGUGUGAAUGGCGGGUGUGGUUGAGCGAACGGCAUCUAGUGCAAUCGGGCUCAGACCGAGAAAGCUCGCUCUCGCGCGAGCAGCAGCGGCAGCAUCCUAACGCCUAAGCGUCGUGUGUUUUCUGCAUGUAUAACACGACGACACUAGAAUGCGUUACUAUUCGAUCGUAACUUUUUGCUCUCUGCUCUUACUUGCCACUGUUUUUCUUCGCUCGCCGGUGCACGCAAUCAACUGUCAAAAUUACAAAUGCAACUGCACGGGUAUCAAAGGCAAUCUAGGCCAUGCGGGGAUUCCAGGAAUUCAUGGACCUCAAGGAGAGCCAGGCGACACAGGCCCUGAUGGACCGGAAGGUUCCAAGGGCGAAAAAGGUCAAUAUGGAGAAUUGGGACUCAUGGGAGAAAAAGGUCUUAGAGGCGAACAAGGGUUUCAAGGGUUUGUUGGGCGACCUGGUGAAUCUGGAAGAGCAGGACUCACGGGACCACCUGGACCGGAUGGACUUGACGGUUGUAACGGCACAGAUGGUCGUCCCGGUAUACCAGGUUACCCAGGUCUUCAUGGUCAACGCGGCCUUUUUGGUCCUCCGGGAUUGAAGGGGCCUCCAGGAGAUGCCGGAGAUGGUGGCGUUAAUACCGUAGGAGUCAAGGGUAUUCGAGGUGAACCUGGUCUUGAUGGUCGACCGGGUGUUCAAGGCUCUCUCGGACCUCGAGGCGAUCUAGGCUAUUCUGGACCUUCCGGUGAUGUUGGUCCAACAGGAUUCCAGGGUUUACCUGGCAUGCAAGGUGACCGUGGUGAUGAUAUAGUCGGAUGGAAAGGUGAAUCUGGCGAGCAAGGAGAUCGCGGCGAAAAAGGUUUACCCGCUACUGGUAGAAGUAAACAAAAUGAUCUUACCGUGCGAGUUGGUCCACCGGGUGCAAAGGGAUAUAAAGGCGACAUGGGUGAACGAGGCUUGAAGGGAGAAAUUGGAGAUAAAGGUCCUACCGGCUAUCCUGGUCGAGACGGUUUGAAAGGAUUAAAAGGUGAGCAAGGUGACGAUGGUCUUAGAGGAGUCCAAGGCUUAACCGGAGUCGCUGGUCCAGCGGGAGAUAAAGGCGAAAUAGGAGAUGAAGGUUUUUCUGCUGGCAUAGGUCCUGUGGGACCAAAAGGUGUGAUGGGUGAUGCAGGGCAGCAAGGUCCACCUGGUCGACAAGGUGCUCCUGGAGAACCAGGAGAAUAUAUUCCAGAAUUAGACGAAAUAAUCGUAGGAAGUAUUGGCAUUCAAGGCGACGUUGGCUUGCCCGGAGACCCUGGACCAUCUGGAACGCCAGGGGAAGCAGGAAGAGUUGGUUAUGUUGGACCACCUGGGUUUCCUGGUCCACAAGGACCUUCAGGUAGACCCGGACCAAAAGGAACUUCGAUUAAAGGAGAAAGAGGAGAUGAUGGAACCCCUGGACCAAUGGGAUAUCAAGGGCCAAUAGGUUAUCCAGGACCAAUAGGACCAACAGGAGAAAAAGGAUUUCCUGGUAUCACAAUAACUGGACCUCCAGGAUUAGAUGGAUAUCCCGGCAUGGAUGGAAUAGAUGGAUUAUUGGGAGACCGUGGCGAGCCAGGCGAUGCAGGUCCAAAAGGAUUUCCAGGAGUAGGUACGCCAAUUGAAGGUCCAACAGGUGAAGCAGGAUUGCCAGGUUUACCUGGUGUACCGGGUACUCCAGGCCGAAGAGGUGCAGAUGGAGCUAAAGGCUUUAAAGGACCUAAGGGUGACGAUUGCGGAAUAUGUACUUCUGGUGCUCCUGGUGCAAAAGGAGAUUCCGGCUCACCAGGCUUCGAUGGUUAUCCUGGAGCGCCGGGAUUCGCCGGUCUUCCAGGUCCACGUGGUUACAAAGGUGAAAUGGGACAGAUGGGCAUGGUCGGAGCUCCUGGAAUUCCUGGAGAGAAUGGAAUACCUGGAAUGGUUGGCGUACAAGGACCAAAAGGAAUGUCAGGCAGAAUAGUUUUGCCUGGCUCCAUUCAUACUAUGUCCCCUCCUGGAGAUUUUGGUGACAAAGGUUAUCCAGGUCCGCCAGGUCCUCCUGGUUUCAGAGGCCCACCUGGACCGGUGGGAGAUUAUGGAUUUGAUGGACCUAAAGGAAAUAAGGGAGACUAUGGAGUACCUGGAAUACCGGGUCGCGAUGGACAACCCGGUUGGGAUGGUUAUCCUGGUAUCAAAGGAGACGCUGCCAUAGGUAGUAAAUAUGAACUCAAAGGAGAUCAAGGCUUCAAUGGCUUUCCUGGACAAAAAGGAGAAAGAGGCAAUCCUGGUCAAAAAGGUUGGCGAGGAGACUCUUCUCAACAUAAUUUACUACCUUUCAAAGGAGAUCGUGGUCCUAAAGGAUAUGCUGGUGAAAAUGGGCUUGAUGGAUUAAAGGGUAUAAGAGGUGACACCGGUAGACAAGGCUUACCAGGAAAAGUUGGUGAGCAAGGUCCAGCAGGAUUAUCGGCUCAAGGCCCCGAAGGUCUAAAAGGUUAUCCAGGAAUACCUGGAGAUGAGGGCUUCCGGGGUAAUCCAGGAACUCCAGGAAUUCAAGGACCUGAAGGGUAUCCAGGUCUAGCAGGAAUAAAAGGAGAUCGGGGUGAAAUGGGAAAUAUCUAUAAUUACGGUGAUAUCGGAGAAAUGGGACCAAAAGGAGAUACAGGCGAUAUAGGACUUGCUGGAGUACCAGGUUUCCGUGGUCUACCUGGCCCCGAAGGUUUCAAAGGUCGCAAAGGAGAUAAAGGAGAGAGAGGCUAUUAUGGCUUCGAUGGUACUCCUGGUGCAAAAGGCCCUCGGGGAGACAGUAUUCAAGGUCAUAGAGGAGAACCAGGAAUGCCAGGACAACCUGGAAGACCAGGAAUGAUCGGUGACGUUGGAUUGAAAGGUACCAAUGGUCUACCGGGUUUCGAUGGAUUAAAGGGAAUACGAGGAGAUAUUGGCCUACCAGGAAAUCGAGGACCAGAAGGAGAUGUAGGUCCUGUAGGAUUUGUAGGAAUGGAUGGUCACAUGGGCUUCAUUGGAAUUCCUGGAGAAGAUGGAGAUGCCGGUGAAGCUGGAGAUGAUGGUGUUCAAGGUUUACCUGGAUUAGAUGGAGAAUCUGGUCUUUUGGGAAUAAAAGGUGAAAGGGGUGAAAGAGGUUUUGCUGGCCUUCAAGGACCACCCGGUCCGACAGGUUGGCAUGGAUUAAAAGGAAAUAGAGGACCUCCUGGGUUCAAAGGAGAACGAGGCGAAAAUUCAUUUAGUGGACCUCAAGGAGAUUUGGGAGAACCUGGUUAUCAAGGCGAACAAGGACCGCCUGGAUUACCUGGAGUUGACGGACGACCUGGUAUGAUUGGAAACCCUGGUUUAUCUAUAAAUGGCGCUAUCGGCAUUAAGGGUGAAGUAGGGCAACCUGGAUAUGAUGGUUACAAUUAUACAAUUGGAGAAAAAGGCGAUCAAGGUGAUAUGGGACCGCCCGGAUUCGAUGGUGAAAAAGGAGAAGAAGGUCAAAAAGGUUAUGUAGGGCUUGCUGGUGCUCCAGGACGAUCAGGUUUCAAAGGCAGCCGAGGUUCAAUUGGACCACCAGGAAUUGAUGGCGAAAAAGGAAAAUGUGGUCUUGAAGGUGAUCCAGGAUUGAUUGGGCAUCCAGGAAUGCCUGGUGAUAUUGGACCGCCUGGGUUACGAGGUCGUCGUGGUCCACAAGGACCAAAAGGACCGCAAGGUGACACUGGUUUUACUGGUUAUGCUAAUGCAACGCGGGGUGAUGCUGGUACCCCAGGACUGAGUGGUUUACCAGGAAAAAAAGGGGUCAGAGGAGAUUCUGGCUUUUAUGGACCUCCUGGACUAAAGGGUGAACGGGGAGACUUGGGAUUAAGAGGUCCUAAUGGAACCAUGGGAACGAUGGGCUUACCAGGUAUGCCCGGUGACAUAGGUCCUGUUGGACCACCUGGUCCACCAGGAGAGUUGGCUGAAACAGGUGACGAUGGAGAACCUGGCAUUCAUGGAUUAGAUGGAAUACCAGGCCGCCCUGGAUUAAAAGGGUUAUCCGGAGAUUACGGAUUAGAUGGUCCAGAUGGUAUUCAGGGUGAACCAGGAUAUAGCUAUCCUGGUCCAAAAGGAAUGCGAGGAGAUGAAGGAUUACCUGGAUAUUAUGGUUAUCCUGGUCAGCCUGGUUUAGAAGGAAAACCAGGUAUUACGGGACCAAGGGGACCAAAAGGUCAUCAGGGAGAGCCAGGUUAUUCAGCAACUGCACAGAAAGGUGAAAUGGGUGACUACGGAUUACCUGGUUUAGAUGGCAGACCUGGUUUGAAAGGCCCACGUGGACAAGAUGGUACACCGGGAUUAAUGGGAUUAUAUGGUUUGAAGGGAGAGCAUGGUGAUUUCGGAGCACCUGGAUUGCCAGGUUUACCAGGUGCACCAGGUCGACAGGGUCAAAAAGGUGAAAGAGGAACAUACUUCGAACAAAGAGUUGAAAAAGGAAAUAUGGGUGAACCUGGAUUAAAGGGUUAUCCAGGUCUCCGAGGAAUGCCAGGAUUGAUUGGCGAACCAGGAGAAGAUGGAUUCCCUGGAAGAUUUGGUGAGCCUGGAAUCCCGGGUCGCCCUGGUCCACCCGGUAAAGUUGGACCAGAUGGUCCAGAUGGAUUAGAGGGACCAAUGGGAAUGACUGGAUUCCAAGGAAAACCCGGUGAACCUGGUCAACCUGGACUUCCAGCCAUUUCUAGACCUCGACCUCAAAAUCGAGGCUUCUACUUCGCAAGACAUUCACAAAGUACAAUGAUACCUCAGUGUCCUAAAAAUACAAUAAAGAUGUGGGAUGGAUUUUCGCUGUUGCAUAUUACAGGAAAUGCCUAUGCUCAUUCACAAGAUCUUGGUGUACCCGGAAGCUGCAUGCGUAAAUUCUCGGUAAUGCCGUUCAUAUUCUGCAAUCUCAACAACGUGUGCGACUACGCGAAUCGCAACGACUACAGUUACUGGCUCAGCUCGAACGAGCAGAUGCCGAUGUCGAUGACACCGAUUCCAGCUCGCGAAGCCGGUCCCUACAUAUCUCGCUGCGUCGUCUGCGAGGCACCCACGCGGCUGAUUGUCACCCACAGUCAGAGCAUGAGCAUACCAAAGUGCCCGGGCGGCUGGGAGGAGCUCUGGGCUGGAUACAGUUUUCUCAUGCAUCGCGACGCGGGUUCGGUAGGCGGAGGCCAAUCGCUGUCGUCCGCGGGCUCCUGCCUCGAGGAGUUCCGAGCUCGUCCGUUCAUCGAGUGUCGCGGCCAGGGCUCGUGCAACUUCUUCUCCACGGCCAUAUCUUACUGGCUGUCGACGAUCCACGACAACGAGAUGUUCCGCAAACCCCAGCAGCAGACCCUCAAGAUGGAUCACACUCUGCGCGUGUCGCGCUGCACCGUCUGCCUGCGACGGCACAUACCCAACGAGAGGGACAGGGGCGGUAUUGGGGGCUCUCGCUGGCCUCCGAAGGGAGGCGCUUUCAGGCACGACGGAGCACCGCAGCAGCCCACGGUGAGUCUGCAUCCGGACAACGUCAACAACGAGAUCGGCCAGUACGAGCAGCAACAGCGAGGCUACGAGAACAGCAACGACUGGCGCUCGCUCUAUCAUCCGGGCGAGAACAAUUAUCAGUCGUAUCGCAGAAAUCCAAAUACGAGGACGCGCAAUCCUCCAUAUAGACAAUAUAAACCUCAAUCCGAUUAUCAAAAUUCUCGGCUGCAACAGAAGCCCUGAUCGAUAACGUAACACGAUUGAUAAGGAAAAAAAUAAAUCACUAGAAGUAAUAUUACGUAUGUCAUUAGAUUAAGGCGAAUAAACAAAAUCCCAUUCAAAUUUUAUGUUUCACGACAUUUUGUAGUGCGAUAUAGCAGGCUAUAUUUUUGGAAUAUUGUACUUUUCUCAUCGUUUUGCAUGAUUACCAAAAAUAAUGAGAGUUGAUUUUAAAACCGUUUAAAGCGUAAGCUGGCCAUAAAUGAAAUUUUAUGUUAAACAAUAGUCACAGAAGUUUUUCAGUUACCACAAAGAAAUAUAAGAGUCUUAUAUGAACUUUUUGAAUGCUCAUGUUAUAGCUAAUGUACGUUAUAAAUAUCCUAUAAAAUUAAUAAACAUUUUUUUUAACUUU